AUGCGCUUCAUCAGCGAUGACAGCAACCCCGAUCGAAGUGCCUUAGGGCCUCGUAUCCGUGUCCUCGGCGCCGGCCUCCCGCGAUGUGCCACCUCGUCCCUCCAGGCGGCAUUGGAGAUGCCUCACAUGGGCUACUUCCCGUGCAUGCACAUGGCGCACGUAGCGCCUCACAGCUCGCGCCUGGAACUUGUCAUCGCGGCCAUGAAGGAGGAGGACCGUCGAAAACGGCAAAAGAUCCUGCACAAGAUAUUUGAUGGCUACGAGGCCACGACCGACUUCCCGGGCUUCUGGUUCAUCGACGACCUCAUGGACAUGUACCCGAAUGCGCCACUUGUGUUGAACCAGCGCAAGGGCGGUGGCGAGGCUUGGUUCAAGAGCCUCAUGGACAGCCUGGGUUUCUUCAUGUCGCUCACAUACUACGUCAUCUGCUUUCCGAUCAAGGCCGACCGACUACAUUACACUGUUCACCAAGUCGCGGGACCCAGAUGGGUCACCAAAUUUGGCGCCCCUCCCGGGCCCGACUUCUACUAUAAGUACCAGGAGUUUGUCCUGCGCGAAGCCAAGAAGCGAGGCCGCGAGGUCCUUGUGUGGAAAGCCGAGGAUGGCUGGGAGCCGUUGUGCAAGUUUCUUGGCAAGGAGGUGCCCAAGGACACUCCGUUCCCAUGGGUCAACGACGCCGCAACCAUGAGCACCUUGAAGAAGAUCCUCGUCGUGCGAGGGAUCCUUUCCUGGGCGGCAUUGGUUGGAGGCGCAUAUGCUGCUUGGACCUAUGGUCCGCAGCUGGCGACAUUGGCAAGGACUGUCAGUGCUGGGCUUCUGGAGAGCACGAGACUGUCGGGCUGA